AUGGAUGUAUGUGAAAUGGUAGGCAUUAUAUUUGAAUAUUUGAGAUCUCAAAAGAUAGUCUAUGAUGUUGACUUAGUUAUCAAUUUAUUAAAGUCAGACAUUUUAAAAGCUUUUUCACUGGCAAAUUCUAAUCUGACUCUUCUUAAUAAGCACAAGCUUUUUAUUUUUUCUAUUCCGAUAAUUAUUAGUGACUCUGCUAUACCGGACUCUCGUCAUAACGAAGACAUAGAUGAAAUUGUCGGACCUUAUCGUUCUCCUCGGACGAGAAAAAACAAAGAUGUUGUAUAUAACGAAGAAUGUUUUCGAGAUCUCGUUCGUACCAACGAAAAAUGGGAUGAAGAAAAGAAAAAAAUUAAACGAGAACUAUUGCAUUUGAAAGAUGAGCAUAACAUCACUGAUAAAGGACUCGAUGCCAUUGACAAAUUUAUUAAAAAACAUCAGAAGUUUUUUUCAAUCCAUUUCGUUCGUAAAAAUAGGAAGGAAGUUAAUCAAAAGUUUCCCAUUGUUAGUGUCGUAGACGGUUCUUAUGUCCAGUUUGAAUAUGCUAUAAAAACUGCUUUAUUCAUAGCACAGCGUAAAAAUCGAAAUCUUCAUCAACUACCACAGAUAACCUUUCGGCUGAAUAUGGAUGGAACCCUUAUUGGUAACAAACAUAUUGUAGCUAUAUCUGUUAAUUGUGUUGAAGGUGGUCGUGAUUGUCAGUCACCAAAAAAUUUAGUUCCUGUCAGUCUCUUUGAGUUUCCAAAAGAGUCAUGUGAAUUAUAUCGAAAGAUCCUUCCUAAGUCGUUCCUGGAUAGCCUGAGUAGCGUUACAUAUGUCCGUUUGAACAAGAAAGACAUUCCUAUCAAGCUAAAACUUGGAGGUGAUUUCAUGAAUGCCGUUUAUGUCUUUGGGUUAGCGGGCGUUCAAUCAAAUUUUCCUUGCAUAUUUUGUACUCAACAUAAAAGUAAAUUAGGACAACCCGAUACAACUUCUUACUUUGAUAUUCAAAAAGAUGCGCGAACGUUAGAAGAACAGAAAUUGUGCUUGAAAAAAGGAGAACAGAACAAUAAAGGUUAUAAAUGA